GGCUUCAAACUGUAAACAUGGCGGCCUCCAUAAACACCCUUCUGCAGAAUCUCCACAAUGGGUCUGACUUACUUUCAACCCUUCAGGGCAUCAAGACGGUCCUCCAAACCACCCAUCCAUCAGAGCUGAAGGAGCUGCUCAAGAAUGUGUCAUUCGAUUCGGUAUUUUCAUGCCUGAAUUCUACAAUCAGGAAUGAGCUUGAGCUGAGUCGAGACAUCCUUACGACUCUGCUGGAUAAUGUAGAUGUUGAGGUCUUGCUGGCCCAGUUUAGAGAUGAGCUAUGUAUGGGACUAGGGCAUCCACAAGAAGACAUCAGGGCUCUCUGUCUGAAACAGAUCAAGAGAGCUGCAAAUGAAACAGCUGGUUUAAACAUCCUCCUCUCCGACGGGGACCUCUUAUCCCUAGUCAUCUCUAAGGUUGGGGAUGACAGCCUUGCUGUAGCCAAGAUCGCCAUGGCAGUUCUGCAGGUCGCUGGGUCGGAUGUUAAAGGUCAAGGGUUACUGUUUGGAGGUCAACAUCUUGCCAAUUUGAAGAGUGUGGCAGCAAAGAAUGACACUGUACGCUACAGAGUGUUUGAGGUUGCAGUCCAUGUUGCUGGUUUAUCUUCUUCAGCUCUUGAGCACGCCGUCUCUUCUGGCUUCCUUCAGGAUCUCGUCUCGGACAUGAAUACCGACGACGUCCUCAUUCAACUCAAUGCCAUCGAGAUGCUCGCCAACCUAGUCAUAUCCCAGCAUGCCCUGUGCUUCCUUGAACAGCAAGGCGUGAUGGGAAGGCUGGAGAAUCUUCUGAUUGGUGCACAGACCGACCAAUCCCAGGACUUCCUCCUGCCGCCAAUCAUCAAGUUCUUUGGUACCGUGGCUCACUUUGACCCCAAGGAGGUCACCGAGAAGCAUGGCUCCUUCCUCAGAAUCACCUUUGAACUUUUACCCUCUGGUGACCCCGCCCUAGGUUGUAUCGCUGUGGAAACAGUGGGCUUUGUUGGACGGACGCUGGAUGGGAAGCAGACUCUUGAUAAACAAGGACAAGGCAUGACAGAUGCUUUGAAAGUGAUCGGGAGGUUACUGGUUCAACCGCCAACUGAGACAAGAAUGAGAGCAUUAGCAGCAACUCAAGAUCUGUUUACUCUGCAGGAAGAGCAUCAGACGGAUGACCUACUCAACAUGCAGGAAAGAUGGUUUACCAACCUGUCACCCAAACCCCUGGACCUUCUCCUUUCGCUCUGCAAGCAACCCUUCAUGGAGAUCCGUUGCAACGCUCUUCUGAUCUUACGCGCCCUGGUGAACCAACCUUGGGCAGGGCGGAUGCUAAACCAGGAGGCAGGGUUCCUGGAGUAUCUCCUGGACAGGACCACGGAACCUGACAAGGAGGGCAAGGAGACCAAGUACUCCGUGGUGAAGGCCCUGGCGGAAGCCCCGUCAACGGGGGACAUCUUUGGAAGACCUGCUCUAUUGAGAUUGAAGGAGUAUGUCAGGGACGGUCCAUUCUAUGUUAGGGUACAGUCUGAAGUAGCCAUGGAGAGUGGAUCAUGAGGAUACUAGAACUCCCAGGACAAACACUUCUCAGUGCUCUUGAUCUAUCAGUACAUGCAUGGUCAUUGUAUGUUUGUUUGAGUAUAGGACCUUUACAUGCUCCUUUCUAUCCGACCUUUCAGGCCAGAAUCAUCAUGUUUUGGAUAAAAUUAUGAAAUGCUGUCCAUCAGAAUGAUAUGUGAUGACAGGGCAUGAUAAGGUUGUUUCUGUGAAGCAGAGGACCAUGAAAUCCUUUCCAUCAAACCUGAGGUUGGAAUCAUCACUUGGGGAUCAAAUCAUGAAAUACUUUCAGAUUAAUCUCUUAUGUCAGUCCAUUCAUGAUAAGGAUACGUUUAUGUGAAUAGAGAUCCAUUUCAUGUAACUUCUUUUCAUCUUUGAACGAUUUGGGCAAGAUUUGCCAUCUGCUUUAUGAGGGAAGUGAAGCAGCCAUUAUGUAUAAAAAAGAUUUGACGUGAACAAAUCAGCAAUUGUUUCCAAAUUCAUUGCACUGCUGAAUUAUUUUAGGACAAAAGUCAUGAAGGUCCUGUCAUACAAAGAGCUGUGAUUGAUCCGAUCAACCUCAACUACACAGAAAUCCAUCAAUGUCAUAAUUUUUUCCCACAGGAAAUUCUCACUAUGUCAUUUUGUAAACAAAGAGGAGCACACUGAAUUUUUCAGUCAAUGGUGAUUGUAUGAAUCACAUUUUAUUUAGGAAACAUCUGGAACAAACAUGCAUUUUAGAUGUUGGCAUUGCUGGCUUUCCAUAGUUGUGGUUGAUCGGAUCGAUCAAAACUCUUUUUGAAAACGGGGCCCUGGACUGACAGUUCUGACUUUUCUCGGAACUCACUGCUCAUCAUCCUUUAUCCAUGGAUCCAGAUAAGCCCUUAGACAUCUUCUUGGAUCCUAUGACUCAUAUAACCUAUCUUGCUAAUCCAGUUAGCAGUGUGAUGCAGUUGUUGAUCUAUGUGCACCUCUUGUGCAGAUUGCAAAAUAGGAUUGUUUCCAGCUCCAGUUAGCAUCCUCUUUGUUUAUCAUUGUGGCCCGACCAUGGAUAUUACCUUAGCAAAUGCACAAUGCAGUUUACUGUCACUUUUCUAAUUGCUUUACAAUCCAUAGUCUAGCCUUUUGGCAUUCAUUUUGCUUGAAAGUCUGCCAACUGCACGUCCAUCUUCUUAAUGCCAUCCAAUCUUGGAUUCCCUAUCUGAUGGGAAUAUUCUUUAGUUUCCUAAGACAGUAAAGCCUUAAUUUUACCCCUUUAACUGCUUCACUGUUCAUAGCCCAACCAUUAGGCCGUCCUUUCACCCAAACCACUGCCAACUGCGCGUCCAUCUUCCUAAAAGCCAUCCCAUCUAUUUAUUUCCCAUCUGGUGGAUCAUCCUUCAACUUUAACAGUCUCACUUUUAAUCUUGCAACCACUUUACUGUCCAAAGCCAUUAAGAAUUUAUUUUGCUAAAAAAUCUGCCAACUGCACAUACAUCUUUAAUAGAGCUUUAAAUCUUUGGUUCCCCAUUUGUGAACAAUAUUUUUCCCAAGAUCUAGAACUUCCUCUUUUGGUGUUUUCCUCCCUAACUAGUAACUGUCAUGGUUCUCAUGCUAUGCAGCCAAUCAGAAUCAAUUAUUUCAAGCAAGGUAUCAUUAGAAGUAAAAGUUUAUGCAGCGAGCAUCAGGUUACUGUUACAUAGAACUUAGAAGUAACGUAACUUUGUCAUUUUUUGUAAAUUUUAUAGAAACCUCAAUUUUGUUUUUAUGUUGACUUUUAACCCUCAAUCUCCCGGGGUAUUCUGAUUCUUGUCAUUCCCGGGGGGGGGGGGGGGGGGGCCAUUAUGGCCCCCCCUUAAGAUCUCGGCCGUGGAUUGCGCGAUCACAACGAAAAUUUGCAUGAUGGUAGAGAAUGACGUAAUCUACGCAGUUGCAUUGGUAAAUUUCACUGAAUUCAUAUAUUUUUAUUUUAUAUGAAUUAAUUAUGCUAAUUUAUUCAUGAAAUCAUACUUUUUGCUCUGAUUCACUAAAUAAAGCUCCUAGAAUGCUAUUUUUUGGUGAAAAUAUUCUUUAUAGCAUUCCUAACAAUUGUGAAUGAAAAAAAUUCUGGUACCAAAACCGAUUUCUUAUGUAUUUUAUUGUUUUUUAAAUUUCUUAUGUAUUUCCUUGUUUUUUUACUUUUUGUUUUUUAUUGUUUUUUCAAUGGAAAUCGUUCCGGACUUAAUUCUUAUCAUAAACAAGGCAAAAUUAAUUAAGUUUGAUCAUUAAAAGUAGAAAUAAUGAUACAUUUAUGAAUUUUGGCCAAAUACACAAUUUGCAUUGGAUUUGUACAUGAAAUCACGUUUAUGAGCAAUUUUGGGUCUGACAUGCACUUACAUAAUGUUGCGUAAUGUCGUAACCGCGUACCAGGGCGUCACAAAUUUGGUCUCAAAAUUUGCGCGAGACUUGAAAGUAAAAAGUCAGUGAGCGGCGAGGUCAAAAAAUUUUGCGCAGCAGAUAUAUCGCAAAAAUUGUCGAGGGGGGGGCCAUAAUGGCCCCCCCCCCCCGGGAGAAUUAGGGUUAAAGCUUCUUAUGAAUUUCAUUGAGAUCUUGAUUAUGAUUGGGUAUUGGCUCUGUGACAAAGUUAAUAUGAGUCAUAUCAUACUAACAUACAAUGGGUCAUAUAACAAAUCAGUUACUCUUACACUUGAUUCAAUUAUUUAAGAUAUUGGAAAUUGAUUUUUCCUUAUGUUUUUGCUUUUUGAAAAGGUGAAAUAUUAAAGAUUUUACAAAUGUACCUUGAGGCAUUUAA